AUGGUGGAAAGAUCAGAAGAUGAUUGGAGGAGAAUUGGGGACAAUGUAAUAGCAGCAAUUUCUGGAUCAGAUGAGCAAUGCUAUAGUAUAUUGUCUUCAAGUUAUAGCCACUUGCCAAAUCACUUGAAACCAUGUUUCUUAUACAUGGGAGCGUACCCUGAAGACUACGAGAUUAAAGGUUCCAGACUCAUAAAUAUGUGGGUGGCGGAGGGAUUUGUAAAAUCAAAUGGGGAAAGAGUUUUGGAGGAAGAGGCAAAGGAUUGGCUAAAGUCUCUAGUUGAGAGAAAUCUAUUUUUGGUUAAUAAAUACAAGAUGAAUGGAAAACCAAAAGGUUACGGCAUGCAUGAUAUGUUGAGGGAUAUAUGCAUCAAGAAAUCUGCUGAAGACAAGUUUCUGAACGGUUCCAACAAGUUCACCUUCUCUAAUCCACGCCGCAUGAGUUUUCACACAUCAAACGAAAUGGAUGAUGUUAAUGGCUCAACAGAGUCAAUGUCACUAACUCGAUCUGUUAUAUGCAUUGGUUUUCAGUAUCCUAAGUUUGCAUCUGGUGCAUUUUUCACGGAAAGAUUUCUAAGGGUGUUGGAUUUAAUGGAUAUGUGGUUGGAUGGGUUCCCAACUGAAAUAUUUGAAUUUGUCAACCUAUGUUUCUUAGCUGCCAAUUGCAAUUCUAUGCCUAGAGGAAUAUCAAGAUUGUGGAAUUUGCAAACCUUGAUUUUUAAAGGCGAGUUCGAUGAGCCAGCUGAGUUAUGGAAGCUCUCUGAAAUAAGAUUUCUCAAGGUGCACGGAAUUGAUUUGUUAAAAGAUGAGAAAAUGAACUAUAGUGUCCUAAACAAGCUGCAAAUGAUUUCAUUGACUCUACGUAGAGUGGAGGCAACAAAGUUGGAUGGUUUUCUCAAAGGCGUUCCAAAUAUCAAAAAGUUGUCAAUUCAUGAUUGCUUUCAACGGCAAUUGAUCUUAGCCAUCUUCACAAGCUCGAAAGAUUAA